CAAGAUUUUUCCAAAAUGGUUAUUUAUGAAUUAUGUUUGUUAUUUCGAAUUAUGCCAAAGAAAGAGUUAACAACAUCAUUAAAACGGACUGCUAAUACUAUAUUUGAAAAAGGUGGUGUUAUAAGAAAAAUUGAAAAUUUAGGCACCAGGGAUAUGCCUCAUAAGCAAAGUGCGCAUGGGGUUGUAUAUAAACAAGCAAGUUAUUUUAUGAUCGAAUUCAACGCCCCACCUAAAGAUUUAGCAGAUAUUGAUGAACAAUACAGUAGAGACAUAGAUAUAAUUAGAAGGCGUAUAUACAAAAAGCAAAAAGAGGAAUCUAUUGAGUGUACAUUACACGAAGAAAUGUUACCUCCUCUUUAUAGAAAGAGUGUGCAGGAAUUGGUGCAACAAGCCAGAAAAUUAGAUAAACCUAAAUUCAAAUAUAAUUCUGGAUUAGAUUAUUAUCCUUUCCAAAAAUAGAUGUUCUUAUUUUAAUAAUUAUUAGUAGAAAUAAAAGUUUGAAAAAAUUU